CCAGUUACACUUGACACGUUCUUGGAGAGUGCACUUGGGCACACACACUCAAUCACGCAGCUGUCAUUGAACUUGUUUAGUUGUAGCUGAGCUGUUUUUUUCUUCUUGUCAACACCUGUAAGGCAGAUUUGCAUGACUUAAGGGAAGUUUUGUUCUUUAAUCCUAAAUAGCUUUUUUUUGCUGUGUUUACAUCACAUCUGCCAUCAUGUGCCUACUGACAGCUGCCCUGCUGCUUGCUUUACUUGAUACCUUUUCCUGUGAUCACUUUCUGGCGCCUGUGAACAUGGAAGGAGUCACAGGGCAGGUGCACUUUAACUCCACCUCCCAGAUGGCCACUGUCAACGUGUCUGGCACUGGAUCCUGUGGUUCACUUAACUUUUCCCUCAGCCAGUUCCCCGUCAUGUAUGGCCAUUAUGCUCAGCCCUGUUCUGAAGCAAAUAUCGGCUCUAGCGUUUUCACCUUCACAACAGAUCCUUCCUCAGACCCCACAGUCAACGUGUCCCUCCUCUUCGAACAAAUGUCAAACCUGGAUGACUUCUCGCUGACUUUUCAGACAUGCGACGGCAAUAAAGUGUGUACUGUUUUAAGUCAAAGUCAAACAGACGCGACUUAUCAGGCCAGGUUCACAGGAACAAUCGCUGGUAAUGUUUACAUGCGCGUUAACAAAGGACUGGCCAACCCCAGGGUGCUUGCAGACCUAGUUACCACCGGUCAAGUCAAUGCCUCUCAAACCAACGUAACUCUCUAUGGAUCAACCAGCACUGCCACAAGCUGUAAAGCUCUUCUUGGAAGCUUAGAUCCCUCAGCUUUGAUCAUGAUGGGUGACGUUAAAGUCGGAACCCCUUUAACACCUGAGAAAUCCCGUCUGGACGUGACCAGCUUCAACAUCAACAAUCGCUUUCUUCUCAUCCGCAUGGGGUCAACUUACAUGUGUGCUCAGAUUUAUAUUGUGCCGGAGAAACAAGUGAGCGCUGUAAUGAACAUGAGAGGCAUCAAGGGAUAUUUUAUGUUCCGUCAGGCUUCCCCUUUUGAUGUGACGGAGUUGAGGGUGAACCUGACCAACUUGCGGAGCAAAGUCGGCCCUUUCCACGUCCACCAUUUUCCUCUUCCGUCAGUCAGGUCGCCUUCAUCAAGCCGGUGUUCAAAUGCUGCUGUGGGUGGCCACUGGAAUCCAUUCGGUGUCAACACAAAUGACCCAACAUACCCCAACGGGCCAGGUUCAACUCACGACAUGUAUGAAAUUGGUGAUCUCAGCUCCAAGCAUUUGUCCCUUGAAGGUAGAAACGAGGUGGACAUGAUGUUCACAGACUUCAGCCUCCCUCUGUUUGGAGGUAACAGCAUUAUAGGUCGCUCGGUUGUGAUUCACCAACCAGAUGGUGCCAGGUAUGUUUGUGCCAGCAUCAGCUAUCCCGGUGAAGUUAGCGUAGCCAGAGCCAUAUUUCAGAGCCCUGUGGUUGGUGAGAUCUGGUUCGCCCAGCUGGCAAACAACCCUCUGUCUGACGUUUCCAUCUUCAUAGAUCUGUCAUAUGGAAAUCCCUCAACAACACCAACCAAAAACCACAACUGGCAUGUUCACAUAUACCCCAUCAGCUCAGAGAGAGAUGACGAUAGUAGACGCUGCAGCACAACAGGAGGACACUGGAACCCCUUCAACUCUAAUGUAGGAGACAGCAGCUAUGGCCUCCACUGUGGCCCUUCCAGGCCCCUGUCCUGCGAGGUGGGAGACCUCUCCAGCAAACACAGCACCCUCAACCUCGGUACCAAAGUGGGCGUAGUGGAAGCAAAACGCUUUUUCACUGAUGUGACUUCCUGGUUGUCCGAGACAGGCAUUAUUGGUCGCUCUGUGGUCAUCCAUCAAGAAGAAAAAGGCGGCCCAAGGAUUGCCUGUGCCAAUGUCACAAAGGUGCGAGUCCCCAAAGCUAGUUUAGGAAGUUGGUUUGGCUCCCAGCUCCCCGGCGGACAGGUCAGAUUCUCCCAGGCUGUCCCACAAGGCCCAACGACUGUAAAUGUCACCCUGAUUAACCUGAACUCUGUGGCUGGGGGCUACCAUGUUCACAUACUGCCCGUCAAACCUGGCAGUGCCUCACCCUGCUCCGGAGCAAACAUCCUGGGUCACUACAACCCGUUAGCCUGGAACAUAUCAGACAGCCCCCCACCUGGAAAUGGCACAGUGGACCAAUAUGAGCUUGGGGACAUUGGCGGGAAAUUUGGGACUCUACAUGACCUCAACGAGGUUCAGGCUGUGUACAAUGACCCUGACCUGCCAUUAACUGGUCCCUACAGCAUAGACGGAAGGUCACUCGUGAUUCACUACUCGAACGGAUCAAGAAUGCGGUGUGCUGACAUCUCAGCUGACAGAGAUACAGAUGGACAAUGGGUCAUUGCUAAGGCUGUUUUCAGUGGUUCAGUGGAUGGGACAGUCAAAAUCCGCCAGCAGGUGUUUCCUGAUGGGAGUAGCAGUGAUAUAAAGCUGGAGGUGAACCUUCAGUCAUCGAACAUACCAAAUACGAAUGUGGUCGACCUGUUAAUCUCAAGCAACCGAGCCGGCAACACCAGGCGGUGUAGCAGUACGGGAGACACGUUCAAUCCCUUCAACAUGACAUCCAAGAGCUCCAGCUGUUCCCUUUUGAACCCUCUGAGCUGUGUGGUGGGAGAGGUGUCAGCGAGACAAGGCCGGGUCAGCCUGAGUGAGGGACAGCUGUUCACUGACAGCAUCAUCCAGCUCUCUGGAGACGACACAGUGGUCUACAGAUCUGUAGUGCUGAAGGACGGAAACAGUAUCAUUGCAUGUGCAGACAUCCUCCCAGAAUCCCCUUCAGCAGAGCAGAUCUUUCCCACAGUGACUCAAUUCAGCAGAUAUGACUUCCGUAGCAGGGUGGCAGAUGUCCUGGGGUUGGAGACAGCGAGAGUCACCAUCCUGCCCAGUUCUUCAGCUUCUUCUAACCCAUCUUCAGCUGAGGGAAAGUGCAGCCAAGUCAACUACAUGGUGUCCGGAGAUGUCAGCGCAGAACUUCUGAAAUCUGUCAAAACCAGCGAGAAGAUGGGCAUGUUCAAAGAGUCUGACUCGUGCACAAGAAGUGCAGGUCCGCUGUCGAUGCCAGGAAGCUUUCUCCUGGGCUUGAUGUUGGCUGCCACCUUCCUGAUGUCCUCUACAGUCUAUUAAAAGCUCAGAGAAAUUGCCACAACAUGUAUCAUCAGCACGGCCACAUGGAUCCACAUAUUGUAAAACUGUGAAUAUGAAGUGUAGCCCACCAAAUGGUACUAUGGGCAUCUGAUUUAUUAACAAGCAAAUAAUACCUACUUCUUACUUUUUGUAGCAAUCAUUAAAGGCAACUUCCCCAACUGUUCAGUGUAGCCCUUAUAGAAACAUAAUUGUGUACGCAACAAAUAGCUCUCAUUCUUUAUUCACUGUUGAUCGGGGGAGGUAAUGCGGUACAUUUUCAGAUAUCCAGACUUUUUUCUUCUUCAAUUAUGCAUUAUCCAUAUAUUCAUGUCAAAAUAUUGUGUAUAUAUUUGGAAAAUUGUAAAUAAAAUGCAAUAAUGUUUCAA